AAGAAAUCAUGCAAUCGCGAGCGGGUCACCGCAUAACUCGUUUAAUAAUUUUCUCGCUUCAACUUCGCUGUAGAAAUUUGCAUGGCCUAACAACUCCGUUCCUUCGCCUAAUCGAGGAAAAGUCCAUUUUAAAAGCUGUGAUUAUGGAUUUGCAGGAAAUUUCUUUUGCGAUCGAGCUAUCAACGUUGGAUUCAGGCUAAUGUUGUUAUUCUCUAUCAACUUAAUGAUAUCGGGGUACAGUGAGUAUGCUUAUUAUAAAUCGUCGUUUUAAAGGAAUUUAGCUUGGCAGGCCUGCAUCCCGUCACCAAUGGCGUGGGGUUGCCUCCAUGAUAACUGCAUUGAUUGCCCAGAAGAAGAACGUUUUCCGUGGUGCAAUGAAAUUGUAUUUAGAUGUAUAAACACUUUGUAAUGCGAUUUUGUUCAGAUAUACGUUAGCUCUUAUAAUCCCGAUUCGAGUUUUAAUUGGGAACUGAGGAUUUCAACGAUGUGUCUAUCGGUCGGAUUGAAGCAAGAGGCCAUUUUGAGCCAAGCAAUAUUUCCUCUCCAAGGGAGGUUUGUCAAGUCAUCAUGUUUUCAUGUCAAGGUUGAUGGUGUCUCAAGGUUUGUGAUUAGCGGCCGAGAAGCGCAGAAUCUAAUCAAAAUAAGUAUGUGAUGGAAUAUUAAAUGUAUGCUAAUCUUUUUGUACGUGUGUGUGAGAGCUUUUUGUAGCGUGUCUUGCAGUCAAGUCUGUCAUAUUCCAUCUUAGUUGCCCGCUGCACAAGUUUAGCAAAAGCAACUAUGCAGUUUCACAGUUUUCUCAAAUAAAAUGUUUAUUUAAAUUUAAUUUUAGCAUCAAUAAAAAAAAGUUUGACUGUUGCUUAAAACUGAUAUAUUGUUGGGUGGACUCAGGAACUAAGUAGCUUGCUGCAUUCCAUCACUUGGAAAAUGGAUCUUUGAUCUGACAGCAAGUCAUAAGGCGCUCGGUUAAAAUACAGGUGCAAUAUUAGAACUAUGCUUGAAAACGAAAGGCUGGAUUUCACGCCAGCAAGUAGGCAACCGUUGCAACUUACUUUUAAAUUUUGAUUUUGUAUAUUCACCGUUAAUGCCAUGUUUAUUGCAAGUCUAAGUUAGUGUCAGAUUAGCUGCGGCAAGAAAAGUUGUUCUUCUGGUCAAAAGUAUGAGUAAGUGCAUUUUUUAAAUGAAAUUUUGCUGAGACAUGUUUGUUAACGCAAACUGCCAGUGUAUUAGAGCAAUGAAUGGCUAACAGGAAGUGUGUAUAAGCCGCAAUGGGGAUAUUGGUUUUGACGGUGGAUUUGGAUAUCAGACCAAAUUUUUGCCUUUGACUCUCAGAAAGUUGUCUGAAGCAUGUGAAAAACAGUUAAUAUCACAAGAUUUUGUUUUUAAUCUUAAGAAAUGCAAAAUUCCUUACUAAAUAUUGAUGCGGGGAACGCCUACUUUCGAAUGCCACAACAAGUAGGUUCAAUGAAACCCGGCAAAGAUACUUGACUUCGUAGUCAGAUUUUAUGUUGCUCCCAGCGUUAAAUUAGCUCACUUAGCCUGAAAGUGUACGCAUAUCUGUUCACCUUUCGUAACUGUUAUUUUUUGCUUUCUCUCUGUACUUUUGCUAAAGGCAAAUUUCAACGCCCUAUGCAAAUAUUUCCCCACGAUUUCAAUGAUGCGUCCUUGUCAUGUUUUUUCUCAUAUCAACUACGCAGUAAGAGUUUCUUGACGUGAUCAAAGGUUUACUUAGCUUUACAUUCGAAUUGUAAGCGAGAGUUUGUUCAAAAUCGUCUUGAAUCACUUUGUUUACCGCCUUUUCACAUGCUAUGCAAAUAAAAUCUAUGCUUUCAAUAGUGGCUCUGUUCUCUACCAACCAGGGUAACAUUAUCAUCUAAUAAUUAUUUCUUUGGCUGUGAUCCCUCGGGUGAACGUAUCAUGGAUCCAGAUAAAUUUAUUUGUUUUGAUUGAAUUUCCGCCGUGAUAAAUAGCUUCCAUGUGUCGUAAACCUCAUCAUGAUCUCCCUUAGCUUAUGGCAUAGCUGCCUGCUUCACGAUCACACUGUAUUUGCAUUUUGACUGCAUAGAAGAACAGUUUAUCUGUUGUGAUUAUUUUUGAUUGAAGUUUUGAGUAAUAAGUCAAAACCCGUGUACUUGCCUAUUUAAUGGCUUUCAUUUUAAGAGCUAAUCCACGAUCCAUUCUUCCUGAUAUCAUAACACGACAUGUAACCACAAAUAUGUAUAGUUGCUAAGUUAUUCGCCCUUGCCACCAGAAUGAACAUCAGGUCACACAGUUUUCUGCAGGUCCUAUUUUAGUUUGCAAUCCAAGUAAUCUCGUGGGCCUAGCGAAACCUGCAAACAAUUCGAAUUUUAGUGGAAGCAAAUUUUUCUGCAUUUAGUUGCAUUUUGGAAUUUUUCAAGGGAAAGAUCCCCAUUCAUCAAGGUGAUUAUUGUGUGCAUAAUAUACAAAGUUUUUGUGCCAAUCUAAUUUAUGAAGUUGUUAAUUUGUUACAUCGAUAACUAAUUUAUUGCUUAGUUAAUAUAUGGAGCAAUAAUUGAUAGCAUAGGACUUCAAUGCAAUGGACGGCAAUAUCUUAUAUGGAUUGUUUACAAUGUAUUGCAGGGCAUUAUUGUCCACAGUCUUCAUAGCAGAUACCUCUUAAGGAAGCACCUGUUUUAUGCUUGACUCGAGUUGAUGCUAUCGAAAGACUGCGGUUUAAACCACUGGCCGCUCAGUUUUCUCGGUAUUUCGUUCCAUGUUCUAUGACUGUUUGUAAGACCAUUGACAGUUUCACCGCAAUCUGCCCGGAUUUAAUUCCAUACAGAAAUGAUACCUAACCGCACUUGUAAUUAGCCAAGCAUUCACGAGGGCGUUUAAUACAACUUUGUUUGCAAAUCUUUUGCGAAAUCAUGUCUACAGUAAUCAAUCCUAUUAGGAUAACAUGUAUGUGUUAUUUUUAGUUUACAUUGCUUUGUUUGACUUCGCUCCUAAAGGGCAAGUAGAAGUUGGUAAUUUCCGUUCGUUGUUGUUCUAUUCCAGUGCGCUUGUAUAUUUUGUGCAUUCUUUCAAGCUGGCUUCUGAGGUAGGAAAAGACAAACCAUUGGCUCCACGAGUCGUGCCGCAAUCUCUCAGCAUCGACAAUCAGAGGAUGGGUCGUAAGAAGAUUCAAAUUUCCAAAAUCAACGAUGAAAGAAAUAGACAGGUCACCUUUACCAAAAGGAAGUUUGGGCUGAUGAAGAAGGCGUAUGAGCUCAGCAUCCUUUGUGACUGUGAAAUAGCAUUAAUCAUUUUUAAUUCCGGCAACAAGCUUUUUCAAUAUGCAAGUUCUGAUAUGGACAAGAUUCUUUUGCGGUAUACAGAAUACAAUGAACCCCACGAAAGCCGUACCAAUGCAGACAUAAUUGAAGCAAUCUCUCGUAAAGAAAACAAACAAUGCAACUCACCCGAAGAAGCAGAGGGCGCUGCAAGUUUCGUUCUCACGCCUAGAACUGAAUUGAAAUUCAACAAGAUCAACGAAGAGUUUGACCAGAUGAUGAAGAACAAUCAAUUGAGGGAUAAUCAUUCGCAGUGGGCGCACAAUGCGCCAAACUCCUACAAGGUCAGUACGCACCCAUACCACCACCAGACGAUGCCUGUCAGUGUGCCAGUGAGUGAGACAUCACCCAAUGAAGUACCAUCACCGCCUCUGCGAAGGCCACAGCAUCCAACCAUGUCGACCCAAGCAAAGGACAGGCGACAUUCAUCAAGCCCGAUGCAGCUCAUAGGCUCACAGCCCCGUGGUAUGACCUCGCCAUCUCCUAGACACCAACAGGACUCAAGAAGCCCUAGAGAUUUUGCAGGUGGGGGGAUGCCACCAAGCACAUCGCCAGCUGUCAUAUCUAAUCAAGGAAAAACACACCCUGGUCUGAAGGUUGUCAUUCCUAGCUCUUCAUCGAGACAGCCGCAUUCAAACAUGCAAGACGGUCAUGCCCCAAAUAUGUCAACCCCACUAGUCCACAUGAAUAUCCCGACAAAUGACACCCUUGCGACGCCGGUCAUAUCCCUUGCUACGCCAAGCAUGCCUCCUUCGAUGCCUUCAUCUUUCCCCUCUGGACUGCCCAGUGGCUACCCAGGCGAUUAUACCUUAGAGUCAGCAGAUGCCAUGAAGCUGAUGCAGUUAUCGUCGUUAAACCAGGCUUACUCGUCGCAGCAGCAACAUGCCCUACAAAGAGGUGGCAUGGGGAUGCCUCCGGGGAAGUCAGUUAAUGUGAAAGUGGAACCUUCGGACUUUCAUCGAGAAAUGACGUCACCAGUGCGUGCCCACUCUGUUUCGCCGAGGCCUCAUCUAUACAUGAGACAGAAGGAUGACCAUAUACUAGAAAAGACUAUGCAAGGACCGAAUCUAAAGCGACCGAGGAUGGAAGGUAACCAGGAAAUUUGGUAGCAUAUGCUGUUUAGGGGGUUUCAUAUCUAGUGCUAGUGGGUCUUGUGGAUUUAUACAGAUUCUUGGUUAAUGAAUCAGUUGAGUAGAAACAGAGUUUGUUUAAAGAUUUUUGGGAUUAUCUCGCUGUCAGUACUAUCCUAAAUCCUGAUCCAUUUUAUAUAGGAGUAAACAGUGGAGUGCUCAUUGGAAGCAAAUGCCAGUUUUUGUUUACACUGCAUCGUUAUGCCUUUGGCAAAUCCACCCCAGAAGCUCCUUGAACCUGCACCAAUUUUGGUUGUUUUCUUUUGGAUAAAAUUGCAGCUUAAGCAUAUUCCAGCUUCUGAAAGAUAUCUAUUAUGAAUUUUGCUAAAAAAUUGUUUUCACCUAAAAAGUGAAAACUUUUCACUGAUGAAAUUUUCUAUGAAAAAUGGGCAUCUGUGCUAUUUACCUUUUUAAGUCGAGUCAGUGGUCCUAUUUCAACAAGCCAUGCACUUAUGAACAACGAUGAAAAAAAUGAUGUCAAGCGAAACAUUGCAUCAUUAAAGAACCUGCAUAAAUGUUAAUUGGAUUUUCUGAGCUCGUGAUUGCAUUGACAAAGCUCGCAAAUGAAUAAUUCUAAGGUUAAUUAUUGUUAGCUUGAUCCCAAGCAUCAGUUUUGCUGUGAUCAGCAAUAUCUUGCCAUUCUUAUAAAUAAUUGAAUGGGAUUGCCGCGAAGGUCUUAAUGUAUCGAUGCAGAUUUGAUGCUUUCAACCUUCACUUGUUAUUUCUCGUAUUGCUAACCUCGGGGAUUAGAGGUGUUCGAUUAGUGGUAGAAACGUUAGCGAAAUAACUCUUCAAAAAUUGGUUUCAUUAAUGCUGUGUAAAUUAAAAAUUUAUUGUACCAUAAAGACUUUUGAUCGUGAUUCUGGUAGCAUUGUAAUAUAUAUAAAUAUUAUAUAUAUAUAUAUAUAUAAAUAUAUAACGUAGAUUUUAUUAGAAUUCCUACAUGUUGGCUCUGCUAGAAAUGAGGAUCUUUGAUAAAGCGGGUUUUCAGGCUAAGGGAUUUAAGCAGCUGUACGCAUCGUUGACAACCUUUGAACUGGCUUUUGCGCCGUUCCUUCUAGAUAUUAGGGGAUGGAGUCAAUUUUAGCGGAGUAAGCAGAUGAUAAAUAGCCUUUUCAUUACUGUGUACAUUUAGAUAAUCUUUCUCCCCUUGUGAUAUCUUUUUUAUGUUUGGCUGGUUUGCAAUUCUAUGAUUCAAACAUGCUGCAAUCUACAGCGUAAAUAAGUCUCAAGUUUCCUGUUUGUUUGUACAAUUUAAAACAGAACUGCAGCUGGCUGCUCCACCGUGCCCUAGAAAGCCCGCUGCUCUUUUGCCAAUACCUUGGCUUUCAAACAGUUUUCACGUUUACGGGUUUUGUAAUAAAAUAAUUUAUAGAUUACUUUCUUCUAUUGUCUAAACCUGUUGGCUUAUAUAUUUUCACCGACAAUCAUUCUUGUUGCUGUUGUUGUUGUUGUUAAAUUGUGGAGUUUGUGCUGGGCACGCUGAUUGACACUUGAAAUUGAAUAACUGAAGCAUACGUUGAGAAUAUUAGUCCGAUUAAUGUAAAGUAUAUACGUGUUUUGUACCAUCAAAUGUACGUUGUAGUUUAAACGCGUUCAUCGGUGUGAACCUUUACGUUGUCAAGUUACAUAAGUAGGGCUCAUCAGAAUUCAUGUUUUUGAUAUGUAGGUGGAGAUUUAAGUCAGUCAAAUUACAUAGGCACAGUCACUAUGCUUGUAGCCAGCAAGCAGUUUGGCUACAACUGGCCCCGCCCAACCAGCCGGCAAUCUUCGAAAAACAGGAUCGCACAGCAGCUGCAUUUUUGCCUCGUUUUCUUUCUAUCGUUAAUUAAUGUUUAUCAAGCUUACGAGCCUCAGAUAGAACUAGAUAUUUAACGAUUUUCUGCUCCGUCUUGACGAUAAGCAUAAAAUUUCGAAUAGGCGUAUGGCAGUGGAUUACCUUUGUCUCCAUAAAUCCUCUUUCCAAUGCAGCACUGAUGUUUGCUAUGGCUAGCAUAAAUACCUUAGACCAUAUUUAACGCCAACCAAGUGAAUAUUAAUUGAGGCCAGGGUAUGGUGGUUUCUUUUAAUCAACCUCAUUCAGUUAGGACACUGAGCAAAAGCAACUGAGGCACCCUAAAUAAGCAUCACGCCCAAUCAGGCCCGCUAAGUCGAGGGUGUACACGCUGUCAUGUCAAGAUUGUGAAUACCUUCCUCAUUCGCAUUUGCUUCUGUUUAGCCAAAUUUUUUAGUGAUUUUAUACCUCUAUUAGCAUUCGAUUUAUAGCUGUUUGUUUUGUUUUAGAAUUAGAAAAUAUACCUUUGGUUUUAUGGAGUUUGCUCAUUGCCAUCAUGGUGUAGCUUCAUUGAAAUAUUCAUUGGAGAAUUUUAUUAUUCAACGCAUAGUACAUAACGA